AGUUCAGUUCUGAUCAUCCUUCAGACAAGUUGUGUGUUUUGUGCAGCGUCACCAAUUGUACAAAGUACCGUUCGGAGAAGUUUUUGUGUAGUGUCGACAAUUAUACAAAAUGGACCUAAAAAAGAUUAAUGCAUCCUCUCUGCUUACAGAGAAGAAAAUCAAGACCAUUUGUAAACUGAAGGAGCUGACACUAGGUGCGCCUUUCAAAAUUAUAGCUGCUAAGUUGGUGAAGACGAAAUACGGGGAAGCAGUUUUACUGGAAUUGGAGGAGAACGUGGUUUUCCUACCAAACCGCGUAACAAAGGACUACGUUCCAUUCAUACACGAAUUUUCCAGUAACAAUUAUUCUCUGGUAUUUCGAGGAGUGGUAGACAUCGGAACAACGCAGCCAGCAGCGAACUUCGAGAUUAUUGAGCAUUAAAAAAUAUUGGUGAGUUUUUCAUUUAUUGAUUUAUUGCUUUUUACUUAAUCAUGAGUAACAUUGGUGAUUUUAGUAGUGACAUUGUACAACAUUUAAUUAAAGCGCGAGAUGUUUUGUUUCAAAAUUAUACACCGCGAGAAGCGAAUAUUUGGCUUAAUCACAUUAAAAGGCAUUUGACUUUGUUUACUAAAGCGAUUCGGUGUGGGGACUUGGAAUUAGCUAAAUUACGGCAACUACAGACAAACGCGGGGCAUUUAAAGACAAUUAAAUCGGAAAUUCAAAAUUUCGGUCUUCGUGUGUGUAGUGGAUUUACUAAACAUCGUCGGGUUAAAUGGGAAGAUGUAAAUUCCGCCUUCAAGAGUAGAAUCAGAACAGGUAUAAUUAUUAAUUUAGGACACAAAGAUUUAAUGCAAUUUUUCGGGGAUUGUUUUAAGUUAUUUAGAAUUCGAAUUAAAAACAUUUUAAAAAAAUUAAAUAUGAUAAAAUGUAAUAUGACAUUAUGUGGAGAAUUUAUUAGAAAAUCAAAUCAAGGCGAUAUUAACCAAUUUAAAUAUUUCAAUACCAAGAAUGAAGUCAUAGACGCAGGAACGGACUUGGUUUUAUGGUUCCAUACAAACAUAGUCGAUAAAUUAAUGUCUAAGCUAUCAGAAUUUGAAGAAACGGGAUCAGGGUGGGCUUUGAAAAAAAUUGUUUCUUUAGAAGUCAAUAUUAACAAAUAUGAAGUGGGAAAUGGAGCAUCAUCAUUUAUUAAGUUACCGGAACCAAUCCAAAAGAAGCACGCCUGCAUAAAUAUCAAAAACGAUGAUGAAGCAUGCUUCUUUUGGAGUGUCGUUUCGGCGAUUUACUCAGCUAAAUGUCAUUCAGAUCGUACUUCUUCGUAUCCACAUUAUGCGACUGUCUUAAAUAUCGAUGGGCUAAAGACACCUAUGACUAUAAAGGGUAUUUCAAAAUUUGAAAAGUUAAAUGGAUUUCUGUAAACGUUUACGGGUUAGAAAUGAAUGUUGCGAAAGAGAGAACAUUUUACGUAACAACGCCGGUAAGGCUAUGCAAAACCAAAUUAACUAAACAUGUAAAUUUAUUAAUUGUACAAGAUAAAUAUUUUCCAAAAUUGAAUGACUAUGAAGCACCUAUGGCUCACGAUGAAGCUGUAGAAAUUAAGUAUCAUUAUUGCAUGAUUAAAGAUAUGUCUCGACUUAUGUCCAGGCAGUUAAGUAAGAAACGUAAUAAAAAAAUUUUAUGUGAUAGGUGUUUGAAUUAUUUUAGUAGUUUUGACAGAUUAAACGAUCAUGCAAAAUAUUGUGAGAAAAUUAAUGACUGUAAGUUUCUUUUCCAUCAUAUCAGAAUGUUGAAUUUAAAAAUCAUAUGUAUAAACAAACGACUCCCUUUGUAGUCUAUGCCGAUUUUGAGUCAAUGUUACACAAAGUUAAAAACACCCCAUUAAAAUGCAAAACAAUUAAGUAUUAACAGCAUAAAGCCUUUAGUGCGGGUUAUUACGUAAAAUGCUCUUACGAUGAAUCUCUAUCGUUUUACCGAAGUUACGCAGGUGAAGAUUGCAUGGAGUGGUUUGCCAAGGAAAUGUCUGAGUUGGCGGCAUUUGUGCAAGGAAAAAUUAAAGAUAUUGUACCUAUGAAUGUUACACCCAGUUUUAAUGCAUCUAAUUGUCACAUUUGCGAAAAAACGUUUUCAGAUAAGGAUGUAAUUGUUCGUGAUCAUGAUCAUUUUACCGGAGAUUUUCGAGGAUUCGCACACCAAGUGUGUAACUUAAAUUUCAAAAAACUUUUCGUUGUCCCAAUUUUUUUUCAUAAUCUUAGCGGUUACGAUUCGCAUAUGAUGAUUAGAGAUCUAGCGAAAAAGGGUAGUAUCAGCCUACUACCAAUAAAUAAGGAAAAGUAUAUUUCAUUUACAAUAAACGAUUCUGAAUCAAGCAUUAGGUUGAGGUUCGUUGAUUCACUGAGAUUUUUAAAUUCAUCAUUGGACAAGUUGGCUGCCACAUUGCAACCUGAGGAUUUAAGAUAUUUAGCUAGCGAAUUUCCAAAUACCACUCCUGAACAAAUGGAAUUAUUGAAAAGAAAAGGCAUAUUCCCAUACGAAUAUAUUGAUUCUUUCAAUAAAUUGAAUGAAACGCAACUAACAUCAAUUGAUAAAUUUUCCAGCUCAUUAUCGGGUGAGCACAUCUCCAAAAAUAUGUAUCAUCAUGCUCAGAAUGUUUGGCAGUCAUUCGGUAUUAAAAAUAUUUUGGAAUAUAGUAUGUUGUACAUGAAAACUGAUAUUAUGUUACUGACUUGCAUUUUUGAAAAUUUCCGACAAAAAUGUCGAGGUACAUACGGCCUUGAUCCGUCCUGGUACUAUACCAUGCCAGGUUUUUCGUGGGAUGCCAUGCUGAAGUAUACUGGAUGUAACCUUGAACUACUGAAUGAUAUCGAUAAAAUCAUGUUUAUUGAGAAAGCUAUCCGAGGUGGCAUAAGUCAAGUAAGUAAUCGGUAUUCUGAGGCAAAUAACAAAUCAAAGCCUAGUAAAUAUGUGCUAUAUUUAGAUGUCAACAAUUUAUAUGGUUGGGCAAUAUGUCAAUUCUUACCAUAUGGAGGUUUCGAGUGGGUCGAUACCAAUAUUGAUGUCUUGUCUAUUCCUGAUGAUGGAGAUACAGGAUACAUACUACAAGUGGAUUUGGAAUACCCAGAACACUUGCAUGACUUACAUCGAGAUUUACCGUUUUGUUGCGAAUAUCGUGUUCCACCAAGAAGUAAGCUUCCAAAACUUAUGACCACCUUGUACCAUAAAAAAGAGUACACCUUACACUAUCGCAAUCUAAAACAAGCUCUGAAUGCAGGACUCAAACUAACAAAAAUCCAUAAAGUGUUGAAAUUCAAACAGAGCGCUUGGCUUAAGCCAUAUAUCGAUCUUAAUACAAAAUUGCGAACUGCAGCAACAACGGGAUUUGAGAAAGACCUUUUUAAGUUGGCCAACAACGCCAUCUUUGGUAAAACGAUGGAAAACAUUAGGAAAUAUCGCAUUGUAAAACUUGUAUCAAAAUAUGAUGGAAGAUAUGGAGCGAAAAAUUUGAUUGCUAGUCCACGAUUUCAUAAUAGAACCGUGUUUGAUGAAAAUCUAAUGGCAAUCGAACUUAACAAAGCUCAUUUUCAACAAACCAUUGUACAUCGGCAUGUCAAUUUUAGAUAUAUUCAAAGUGUGUAUGUACGAUUUUCAUUAUAACUUUAUGCUGCCAUAUAUGGGUGUUGAAAAUUGUAAGCUCAUGUAUGGGGACACUGACAGUUUUAUCUAUGAAUUAAAAUGUGAUGAUGUUUACAGAGACGUUAUUAAAGAAAUUUAUCUAAAUUCGAUACAUCAGACUAUUCUGAGAAUAAUAUUUAUGGAAUACCUCAAGUCAGCAAAAAAGUUCUCGGAAUGAUGAAAGAUGAGGCAAACGGGCGCAUUAUGACUCAUUUUGUCGGACUUAGAUCUAAAAUAUAUUCGUUUAAGAUUAGUAUGACGGAUGAGGAUCGAAAGGCAUUGUGGGAUAAAUACAAGAAUAAUAUGGAUGAUGCUAGUAUUGAAAAAAUUGUAAAUAAUUUAGGUGUCACAAAAAAAUCUAAGGGCGUAAAAUAUUCAACGGUAAAAAAUGACAUUACUUUCGAUGAUUAUGUUAAGUGUUUAAACGAAUUUACAACUAAAAGUGUUUCCUAAUCAACGUUUCGUUCCUACGCCCAUGAUCUUUUUACAAUAACACAAGAAAAAAUUGCAUUAAGUCCGUAUGACGAUAAACGUUACUUGCAUCAAAGUUCUCAUGACACUUUACCUUGGGGUCAUUAUGAAACCACAAUGCUUGAGUAAAAACAAAAAUUAAUAAAUGAAAACAUAACCAAAUUUUUUUUAAUGAAAAUGAAUAUGUAGAACGAUAUUUGUAUUUUUGUUAAAAAUCAAUUUGUAAUCAUAAGUAG